CGGAGCGGGCGGAGCGCGCGGGAGAUCUCGCCAGGCGGCCGAGUCGGGACGGAGCCGAUCGCGAGGGGCCGGUCGUGGGGCCACGCAAGAGGCCCGAGGACACGGUAAUCCAAGUUGAUAGCAAGCACCUUGAAAUUUGUUGUCGUCACUGUGUCUCACUGGAAGUUUUUCAUGCCCGUGGUGAGCCCAUUGAGGAAAUGGACUUGGAUCAACUGGACCUAAAUCCCAGAAUUACUGCUGCAAUUAAGAAGGGGAGACUGAGGUCAGUGAAGGAGGUUCUGUGCUACUCGGGACCAGACCUGCAGAGGCUCACCAGCCUGUCCACCCACGAUGUGCAGCACCUACUGAGAGUGGCCGCUCUGCUCCUCCAGGGCAGCCGGGUCCUCACAGCACUGCAGCUGUUCCAGCAGAGGGAGAGCUUCCCCGAGCAGCAUCAACGCCUGAGCCUGGGCUGCCCGGUCUUGGAUCAGUUCCUGGGUGGCGGCCUGCCCCUGGAGGGCAUCACUGACCUGGCUGGUCGAAGCUCUGCAGGGAAGACCCAGCUGGGGCUACAGCUCUGCUUGACUGUGCAGUUCCCACGACAAUAUGGAGGCCUGGAGGCUGGGGCUGUCUACAUCUGCACAGAGGAUGCCUUCCCCAGCAAGCGGCUGUGGCAGCUCAUUGAACAGCAACAGCAGCUGCGGACGGAUGUUCCUGGGGAGGUGAUCCAGAAGAUCAGAUUCAGCAACCACAUCUUCAUCGAGCAUGCGGCCGACGUGGACGCCUUGCUGGAGUGUGUGAGCAAGAGGGUUCCCAUUCUGCUGUCAAGGGGGAUGGCCCGCCUGGUAGUGGUUGACUCUGUUGCUGCCCCAUUCCGUUGUGAGUAUGAUGCUCAGGCCUUGGCCACCAGGGCCAAGCACCUGCAGUCUCUGGGAGCCGCGCUCCGCAGACUGAGCAGUACCUUCCGGAGCCCUGUGCUGUGCAUCAACCAGGUAGGUGAGGCAGGGGAAACGGAACUGACUGGGAAGCAGCUGAGGUGGCUGCUGCCAUUGACCCUCACUUGGGUUUUCCCAGGUGAUGGAAACGGUGGAGGAGCAAGAGUCUAUGCCCAGGCCACUGGGGUGAGUAUGGGCACCUCAACAUACUGGAUACUGGAGUGGGGUUGGGAUCUACAAACAGCAGUACCCACUUUGUGUCUCAGGGCCUGGGAUGAGCACCUCUCUCCAGCCCUUGGCAUCACCUGGGCCAACCAGAUCCUGAUGAGACUGAUGGUUGACCGGGCACAUGAGGACGAUGCCUCCAUGGGCUUACCCAGAAGCCCGGCACGGACCAUACGGGUGCUCUCUGCCCCGCACCUGCCCCUCUCCUCCUGCUGCUACACGGUCAGUGCGGAAGGCAUCAGAGGGAUACCGGGAACCGAGUCCUGCUAACAGUAGCUCUGGUGGAUUAGCCUGACCAGGUCCCAAGAACUCCUGACUCUGGUGAGUCCUUCCUGCUGUGGAAACCCUGUGGCAUUUGGCCCCACACUGCCCUUUAGAGCAGGAGUUCUCAACUGUGGGUCAAGACCCCUUUGGGGGUCGAGUAAGUCACACGAGUCACCAAAGACCAUUGGAAAACAGAUUUUUACCUUACAAUUGUUAACAGUAGCAAAAUUGCAGUUAUGAAGCAGCAAUGAAAUAACUUUGUAGUCGGGGUCCCCACAGCAUGAGGAACUGUAUUUAAGGUCACAUUAGGAAGGUUGAGAACCACUGACUUUGCUCAGGGCUCUGGCAGCCUGGGGGUGUCUGCUUGGGAACCCCAGAAUGAUAAGGCUCCACUCUUGCCUCCUCUGCUUUCUGCCUGGGGAUGAGUCCGCAGUGGGCCUGGCAGGGUGCUCUCAACACACACAGCACAGCACACACACAGGCCACAUGGGGCACACAGUAAGGACCUCCCUACUGUGAGAGAAGACAAGCAGGCCCUGACUCCAGAACAGUCUCAAGGAAAGGGGGUGGGACUGGCCUAACCCUGGUUGUCUCAGGUGCCUCAGGCGGAGCAGCUCCAAGCAACUUAAAAGGGACACAGGGAGGAAACAGGUUUGUGUGUCCUUGCUGAGGCCUGGCUACGUGUCCAGCAACUCUGGCUUGGCAAAGCAUCCAGACUGGAGAGCACUACAGAGCACACAACAGCAACAGCACAGCAACACACGUGCUCAGUGGAAGGCAGGCCUGGUAACAUCUGCUCCACUUCUGGAUUUGAGGCUCUACAGUCACCAAAGCCCCUGAAGACAGCGCUGUGGCUUUGAAUCCAUCCUGUGCUUCCAGAUCCCUCCUGGCAGCACAGGCUUCCCCCAGCAAAUGGGCCCACACAGAGGCACGGGCCUCAGCAAAGAAUCCUGUGGCUCCAGUGGUGUGUGACUCUGCAAACCAGGAUGUACAGUGUCAUGGUCACGGUCCUCACUCAAACAGGUGUAACUUACGGUAUAUACCACCACGUCCCCAGGAUGGCCCUACCCUGUACAGAGCUCAUCAGACCAUCGAAGCCACUUGUGGCCCCCAACCCUUUUUUGGCAGUUCUGGAGACGAGGGUCUCCUACCCCCAAGGCAAAGGCUCUCCACUGAGCUCUAGCCCAAACCCACCCAAUACCCUGGAAGGUUUCAAACACCGGCAUAAAGAAUGGGGCACAGCUCCUUGGGGUGGGGGUAGUUAAGACAAAAUGGCUUCUCUGCAAAACUGGAGGGCUUUAUAUCAGAAAAUAAAACUUUAUUUUGUAACAAAGUA